UGUAUGUUUUAUUUACUUUAUAGGUAAAAACUAUACCGAAAACUAGUAUUACCUUUAAAUGUUUUGGUUGAAUAGUUCAUAAUUCACUAUUGUAUAGUACUCGGAGCUCUUCAAUCAAUGGAGUUUAAUAAUUUCAUAGCAACGUACGUCACCAGGGCCGCUUUGGUUUUAACUUUGGAUAGAUAUAAUACACUACAAAACAAAUGUUGACCAGGAAAAAGUAGAUCUUUCUCCAAGUUGAAUAAAAUGAAAUUGUGGAUUUUGUAAAUGAUAACUGUCAAAGGAAACAUAGAUAAUACAACAUGGCAAAAGAAAAAGAAGAGGUUAUACCAGUGGCAGGUCCCGGGAGUAAGAUUAAAGCGCUUGCACCAACAGUGCGGAAACAUUUCAAAUUUGAAGGAGCUGCAGUUUUUGUAGAUUUUUCUACAAACAGUGUCAAGGCAUUACCAGCAGAGAUUUGGAAAAAUGAAGAGAUACAGAGAAAAUCUACUAAGUUCCUGGGAGAAAACAACAGAUUAAAGAAACUUCCAAAGACAAUUUCAGAUCUUGAGAACUUAGUUUUCAUUGAUUUGCGAAAUAACAUCUUAACAUCACUCCCUGGAACGAUAUGCAAAAUCAAACCACUUAAAACCCUGCUAGUCUCCGGUAAUCAACUUAAAAGUUUACCAGCAACCAUCCACAAAGCUGAAAGUCUCGCCACUGUCGAUGCGUCAAAUAAUAAAAUCAAAGCUAUACCAAAAACUAUCAACAAAUCAAAAUCUAUAGUUCUUUUGGAUUUAUCCGACAACGUCAUCAAGUCUAUAAAGAAAAAUAUUUACGAAGUCGGAGCUCAGAUAAUUUUGAAAGGAAACCGAAUAAUCGAGUUGCCAGACGCUAAUGUCAAGAACCCCGCACUAAAGAUGCUAGACGUAUCCCACAAUUCCAUAGCACAUAUCCCAGACAAUAUCAACAAUGUUUUGACACUUACAUGGCUCAAUCUGAGCCACAAUGACCUAUCCGAGAUACCAAAAGAAAUGGGUUUCCUGAAAUACUUGACAUUUUUAGAUUUGUCACAUAAUAGCUUAGAAACUGUUCCAGAGGAGUUAUGUGCGAUAGAAUUUGCAUUGAAAACAUUGCUGCUUUCCGGAAAUAUGUUGAAAUACCUUCCAAAGAACAUUAACAAACUUAAACGCUUACAAACACUCGAGGCAGCCGACAAUGCUUUGACUGGGUUACCCCCGAACUUCUCCGAUCUAAAGGACUUAAAAUCACUCGAGCUUUCAGGAAACAAAAUUCAAAACAUGCAGGAAAUGAGCAAAUUGAAGUUUGUAGAACAUAUAAAAUUGGCAAGGAACGAAAUAACAGUUCUCCCAGAAGAUUUGCCUAAUCUGAAGUCAUUGAUAUCCCUUGAUGUUUCAGGCAAUUACCUUAAAGUUAUUCCGGAUAAUAUAUGCAAAAUAGGAACAUUAAAAUCCCUUUCGGCGGCCAAGAACAAAAUAAGUGCAAUUCCAGAGACCCUAGGAGAAGACCAGCUUAUAACAGAACUUGAUGUAUCUCACAACAAAAUACAAGGAUUUCCACAAGAUUUGAAAAAGUUGAGGUGCAUUGAAGUUCUUAAAAUUGCAGGGAAUCAAAUUUCAGCCCUUCCAAAGAGCUUAGAUGUUAUGUUUCAGAUACGGACAUUAGAUGUCGCUGGUAAUUCGCUGACUCAGUUUAUGUUACCAAAAACAAUAACGUCACUGAAUAUAGCAGAAAAUCCUGUAUUUCAUCCAAAAGAUGACGAUAAGUCUAUUUUUAGCCAAUUUGCUGAGAAAGACCAUGCCCGUCUGAUCACAGUUCUUGAUGCCUCAAAUACAAAACUUCCUGAAAUAUGGGAUUCCAUUUGCAAACUUCGUGUUCUGACUGUCGUGAAACUAACACAAAACGCCAUCAGUGUAAUACCAGAAGAUUUCUGUAAACUUAGAGCGCUUCAAGAAGUAGAUCUGAGCAAAAAUGGAAUAAAUGAAAUACCAGACAAAUUCAAUCAGCUACAAAAUCUCCGAAAACUGAAUUUAGCCCACAAUAGCCUCAAAGAAUUUUCAGAAAGUCUCUGUGAUCUUCACCAGUUGGAAGUUUUAAAUCUGGCAGACAAUGAAAUUUCAAUAUUACCAGAAACAUUUGGAGAAAUUAACAAAUUAACAAAACUUGUUGAGUUAGAUUUAUCGUACAACCGUCUAGCAAAUUUACCAGAGGAAAGAUGGGAUGUUUUGGCUUCAAUGAAAGUAUUGAACGUUUCUUUUAACAGCAUUAAUAUGGUACCAGCAGAUUUACCUUACCUGUACAGAAUUGAAGUGUUAAACGCUGCGUCAAACGACCUCACGUCACUUCCCAGCGAUAUCGUGAAAAUGACUGGUUUGAAAAGCAUCGACGUGUCGGACAAUCUCCUCGAGGCAUUACCCGAAGGUAUAUGCAAACUACCAUGCUUAACGAACGUUAAUGUUGCCGACAAUAAAAUAAAACAAUGGCCAUCCAAAAUUGAAGCUCUUAAGGCGAAGGCUACCGUAAAUAUGGAAAAUCAGUCAGCUUAUAAACAAAGAGAUGCACCGGAUGAUGCCCUUAAAGCAGGAGAGGUCCAAACUGACGCCGAAGAUGAUUCAAAGAGGUAGUCGUAUUGUGAACCUACCACACAGGGGACAAAUUGUCUGAAAAAGUGACAUUUGCGUUGGUAACAAUUCAAUUGACCAACGUAAAUCAACAAUAAAACGAUAUUUCAAAGAAAAAAACAACAACCAAACAAACGUUGUCAUAUUCAUUUAAAAAAAGUAGUAUACUUUUUGCGACUCAUUAUCAAAUUUUAUAUAAAUAAGAUCGCAAUAUUAUUUUCCUUUAUCCAUUUGAAUUUUUAAGUAAAUUCUUUUUUUUUGUCAAUUCUUUUUGAUUUUCUUCUGAUACAGGGCGUGAAUUGCCUACUUCUGAAUGUCUUUAAACAUUUUACAUUUUUUAGACCGCAUAUGCAAGUGCUAUUGACCCUUAUUUUCUGCUCAAGUUUGACUGUUAUAUCUUGCUCAUUGAAAAUUAAACAUGUGAAAGAAAAUGUA